AUGACCAUUCUUGCUUACAACGAGGCCAAAAUCGACACGAGGAAGAGGAACUUGUUUGGAUACAUCCUUUUCUGCAUAAGCACUUUUGGACUUUUAGUGAUAGAUCUAGCCACCUCGGGUAAAGGAGGGAUAGGAAAUUAUAUCGGCGUUUGUGUUUUUGUUGCCGGUUUUGGAGUGGCCGAUGCAUUUGUUCAGGGCGGACUGAUUGGCGAUCUUGCUUUCAUGUGUCCCGAAUUUAUGCAGUCUUUUUUUGCCGGUUUGGCUGCUUCGGGAGCUUUAACUUCCGGCAUGAGGCUAAUCACUAAAGGAGCUUUUGAUAAAACCGAUAAUGGUCUUCGUAAGGGAGUCAUUUUGUUUCUUUCCAUAUCGACAUUCUUCGAAUUCAUAUGUAUUUUCCUAUACGCAUUUGUAUUUGGGAAUCUACCCGUUGUUAAACACUUCCGGAAGAAGGCUGCAUCGGAAGGUUCCAAAACGGUCUCAGCUGAUCUUGCAGCUGCCGGUGUCCAGACAUCGGAUGGAAAAAAUAUUGAUGAUCCUAAAUACACCCGAUUAAGCAACAAGGAGCUUCUCCUUCAGAAUAAGGGUUACGCAUUCGAUCUUUACAUUAUAUAUGCGCUCACAUUAUCGAUUUUCCCUGGAUUCUUGUACGAGAACACGGGCAAUCAUCAAUUGGGAUCUUGGUAUGCGGUUGUACUCAUAGCAAUGUACAAUGUGUGGGAUCUUAUAGCACGAUACAUUCCCCUUAUCGAUUGCAUAAGGCUCGAAUCCCGAAAGGGACUCAUGAUUGCUUGCCUGUCUCGAUUAUUGUUCAUCCCGUGUUUUUACUUCACUGCAAAAUACGGAGACCAAGGAUGGAUGAUAUUUUUGGUGUCUUUCUUGGGACUAACAAAUGGGUACCUUACGGUUUGUGUGCUAACUGUAGCUCCCAAAGGGUACAAGGCGCCCGAGCAAAAUGCGCUGGGUAAUUUGUUGGUUGUGUUUCUACUUGGUGGGAUAUUUUCUGGCGUUGCUCUCGACUGGCUGUGGAUCAUUAAUCAUGGUUCGUUUUAG